UAUACAAGCGCCUUAAUAUAAGAUAAGAAGAUAAUAGAUCCAGUUUGUAAGUAUUCAUUUAUUAAAUCAAUAGAUUAAUGCUUUUAUUAGUGGUAGUAAAUGAUUGAAGAAAUUGUGAAGAGAAAAAAAAUCAAUUAUUGAUGUGCUAAUUUUAAUUUUCUCAUUAAGCGCAGUUUUUAAUUAAAAACUGACAUAAUACUGUUUAAUAAAUAACUUAGAAAAUGUCCAACAUAGACUGCAGAGGAGUCAAACGUGGAAGGUGUGCAUGUGGAGAUUGUGAAGAGUUUUUAGGAUCUUCAAAAGUUGAAUGUGCUUAUUGCAACUGUGUUCCUGCAAAACACGAUAAAUUAGAAAAUGAUAAUGCGACUUCUACAAAAACGAAUACUAGUGUCUCUGAAAAUACAGAAACUGCCACGAUUUGGGAACCCAAUUUAGACGUCAAUGAAGAAAUUGAACAACUUUCUGAGGAGAGCAACUUAAAUAUGGAAAUAAAUGAUAAUGAAAACAACGCAGUGGACGUGAUUUCUAAUCUGCCAGAAGAGUAUAAAACUCAAUGGGUUGCAUUGGAAGACAUCAUUCCGCAUAAUUUCAUUGCAGAAUUCCAUUUUGAUAUAAUGACUGAACUCUUCAAAAAUACAGAGAUAGAAAAAGUUCACUUUUGUAAAAUCGUACGGCUAAUUUCUGAGAAAUUAGUUGAAUCGAAAAAAACAAAUUCGACGUACAUUUUAAUGGCUGGAAUUAUUGCUACGAGAAGAUUUCCCGGGUUGAGAGGCAACAAUGCAGAAGCUAUUCAUGUUAGUUAAAAAGCCCAGUAAAAAAAAAAGUAUAGACAGUAAGGAAAAAGUAUAGACUCAUAGCUUAGUGGCUAUACCGUUCGGCAUGUAAUGACGGUAUAGAGACGUUACGGUGUAUACUUUUUUCUUACCGUGAAUACGGUUCACCUGGAUUGUUUGAAUUGAUGUGUAUUAACGCGAUUUGACAUUGUCAAUGAAAAAGCCGAUUGUUUUGAAGUGUAAUAAUGCCGAUUACGAGGAGGAGCGACGAAAUUUUAUCUAAAAGUUAAAAAGGUAAAUGUGACAGGCACGAGACCUGCGAGAGUUGUUACCACUGGAUUGAGGAAAUGCAUCAUUACUGACAAAAAGUAUUCGACAGAAACUUACCGACAGAAAGUUACUAGGAAGAGCGGCAAAUUCAAAUGGUCAAAUUAAAUUCGAAUGAAUAUAUACAUAAUUUAAUGUAGUUUUUUUAUUUUAAAUCAAGUAUAGUAUUUUAAAUAAUUAAAUACCGAUAUUAAAUAAUUAAUGUUUAUUAUAAAAAUUGACAUAUAGACAUGAAAAUUUUUUCAUUUUUAGCAUUUA